CUCCGUCACGGCCCGGCCCCGCCGCGUCAUCGCGCCCUGCCCGCUUCCAAGAUGGCGGCGGCGGCGGCAGGCAGCCUGCGGCGGGCGGGCUGGCGGCUGUGGCGGGGCCGCGCGGGGCUCAGGUGCCAGCUCUACCCACCCCAGCGGGCCCUCCACGCCUCAGCUGUACUGAGGAGAGCCUCAGAUGAGAAGAAGGAGCCGCUGGCAUCUUCCCCUCAGCAGCAGUUUGACUCCCCCCCAACAGACCCCCAGCCUGACCAUGAACCCCAGGGCCCUCGCUCCAGUUACACUGGCCAGGGCGGCCAGGAGUCAGAGGACUAUGAGAGCGAGGAGCAGCUGCAGCACCGAAUCCUCACAGCAGCGCUGGAGUUUGUGCCUGAACAUGGCUGGACGGCAGAAGCCAUUGCAGAGGGAGCCAAGACCCUGGGUCUCUCUGGUGCUGCAGCAGGGAUGUUUCACACUGAUGGCAGUGAACUGAUCCUGCACUUUGUAUCUCAGUGCAACACCAAGCUGUCUGAUCUGUUGGAGCAGGAACAAAAACAAGUGCAGUUGGGCAAGACAGAGAAGAAGCCUACAGAUCAAUUCCUGAGAGACGCUUUAGAAGCCAGGCUGAGGAUGCUGAUUCCAUAUAUUGAGAAAUGGCCCCAGGCUGUCAGCAUCCUGUUGCUCCCACAUAACAUCCCUUCCAGCCUCAACCUCCUCACCAGCAUGAUUGAUGAUAUAUUGCACUAUGCUGGAGACCAGUCUACGGACUUUAACUGGUACACUCGUCGGGCUGUGCUCACUGGCAUCUACAACACCACAGAACUGGUGAUGAUGCAGGAUUCAUCCCCUGAGUUUGAAGAGACUUGGCGCUUCCUGGAAAACCGAAUAGCGGACGCCAUGAACAUGGACAAUACAGCAAAGCAGGUACAGUCAACCGGACAAGCGCUUGCCCAGGGCCUGAUGGGAGCUGCAGUUACUAUCACCAACCUGACGGGGCUGAACCAGCGCCGCUGAUGCCGGAACCCCCACGCUGGAGCCGGAGCGAGGCCGGGGCCGCCUUCGCCUCCUUCUCCCCCCGUCAGCAAUAAAGCCGAGCGCACCCGCACCGC